UGUCUCCUUGGGCUGCGCUGAGCCCCGUCUAGGGACUUUUCGUGAAGUGCAUAAUUUACGCAUUUAAUCGUGCUUCGCCUUUAGUAAAGCGGCCUUUGUAUCGUUGAGAAAAGAGGAAAGGGAAGAGGAGCAAGCCCAUUUCGCUCCGGCGUGACAACCACCGCUUGGCAUCUGGGCUCCCUGUGGGCGCACUGGCUCUAAUGGGCUGGAGGGCAGCGGCCACCUUGCUCAUCCUGCUGGGGUGCUGCACCUGCUUCCCCUCACACUCCCUGAGCUACUUCUACCUGCAGGUGCCAGAGUCCAGCCAGGGGCUGCCCCAGGUCUUCUCCAAGGCCUACCUGGACCACCAGCCCAUCGCUCGCCAUGACAGCCUCACCAGGAGGACGGUCCUUCUGGUGCCCUGGAUGGAGGAGGUGGAGAAGGAGGAUCCCAACGAUUGGAACCGGGAGAUGGAGACUUUGCAGACCACUGAGCAGGUCUUCCAAGAUGAGCUGGAGCAUGUACAAAAACUGUACCAGCAAAAUGGAGGGCUGCACACCUGGCAGGCGAUUUUGGGCUGUGAGCUCAGGGAAGAUGGGAGCAAACGAGGGUAUUGGGACUACGGCUACGAAGGGAAGGACUUCAUCAGCUUCAACAAGGAGACCCUCAGAUGGGUGGCAGCUCAGCCCCAGGCUGAGAAGGUCAAGGAGAAGUGGGAUGAUGAUCUGGUGCGGUCCGAGAGAAACCAGGUCUUCCUGGAGGAGACCUGCAUUGAGCGGCUACAGAAAUACCUGUCCCACAGGAAGGAGGCUCUGCAGAGGACAGAGCCCCCAGUGGGGAAGGUGACCCACAAGGCGGUUAGUGACAACGUGGAGGCCCUCAUCUGCCAGGUCUACGGUUUCUACCCCAAGGAGAUCAGCGCCACCUGGAGGAGGGACGGAGAGGUCUGCAAGUACGAGACCUUCCAUAGGAAUGUGGCCCCCAACUCAGACGGGACCUAUUAUGUCUGGCUCAGCAUUGAGAUCGACCCCAAGGAGAGGGACCUCUUUCGGUGUCACCUGGAGCAUGACAGCUUGCAGGAGCCCCUGGUCUUGGCCUGGAAGGAGGAAAUGGCCAGACGGCGGCUCGUUCUGGUAGGGACCAUCCUUGUUGUCCUGCUGGGGCUUCUGAUGAUCCUCCUCCUCCUGACGUGGUAUCGAAGGAGACCGAAGAGCUCAGUGGGGAAUAUUUGAAAUCUUGACAGGUCUGUAGAUCCUUUUGUGUUUGGAGUUCAUACUGACACUUCCAUGUAAUGCUGCAAGACUGAAAUGGGGAAGAUGAGCCCAAGGCCAGCUGUGACCGUUUUAUCCACGGAGAGUGUCACGAGGUCUUUUUUAAAGUGGACCCAAUUAGAUUGACCCAGAAUCAAGAGAACCACGAAAGCCCUGGACUCGGG